UAACCUAUACACACAGCCAGGUAACACGACAGUAUUGCCCUCUACUAUUGUUUUCAAACGAAUGUGUUUAUCUUACUUGGGCCCCUAUUUAUGUUACAAUACAUAUAGACACCAGAAUUGGGCGGAACACACACAAAAAAAACUUUACAUUAAACUAAAUCAGCCCCCAGUCGAGGGCAGGGACUAUAGUCUCACGCACCAGCAGCUCCGGCUUGAUCAAAUCCCGAUCCACCUGUUUGGCAGGAACACGAUCCCACCGGAAUGGCAGCGCAGGACUGAAGUCCACCGCACCGUGCUGGUUGUUAGUUACACGGAUAAUGGACGAGAUUUGACCUGGAGUUGAGUUAGAUCGGAGAAUAUAACCUUAACAUUUGAGUGGUAUCGAAUAGUAAGUGAAAUGCCUUGGACUCGGACCCGCCAGAGGAUCGGGGCUGGGGACCUGGCCGUCCACAGCCUGUGUUUGAUGCUGGUUUGUUUUGUUGCCUCCCCGGUGUCCCCCAUCACGGUGACCUCACCCCCUGAGCUCCACGCCUCCCGGGGGGAGUCGGUGCUGCUGGUCUGCACCUUCUCCUCCACCAGCAGGCCCACCAGCCGCAUGUCGGUGGACUGGUCCUACCGGCCGCCCAGCGGGGGGGCCCCGCAGACGUUCUUCCACUUCUCGUCUAAGGCCUUCCCCCCGGCCGACGGCCAGUUCCAGGGCCGCGUCCGGUGGCAGGGCAGCCCGGCACGCGGCGAGGCGUCCGUCACGCUGCUCAACGCCUCGCUGGCCGACAACGGCACCUUUACCUGCAGCGUGAGGAACCCGCCCGACGUCCACGGCUCCCCCACCUCCCACACCGUGCUCACCGUCACGCCCAAAGUGGCCAGCGUGCGGUUCUCUGACGUAGGGGUCCUCCUAGUGUUCGUCCUGCUCCCCUCUGCGCUUGUCACGCUGGGCCUGAUCGCCAGGAUGUGCUGUCCCCAGAAGGAGCACAGCCACCAUUCAAAGGCCUACCGAUCUCCCAUAGAGGUCACCGAGGAAGAUGAGUAUGCCGCCUGGCAGAUGAGAACCAAAAUGAGGAAGAAGAUUUGCUGUGACCUGGAUAAAACGGAGUGGGAGGAAGGCUACUACAGCCAAAAGACGAGGCCUCCAGGGGAACAGGGUGUUGCUGAAUCCCAAUGCUAGAGACUCCUGCUGGUGUGGACACACAACUACAACAUUAGAUGCGGAAUUGGAAAUUCCCAAUUCUUCCCAAAUCGCAGUAGUAUCGACAGUUGAAUUUCUACCGGAUGAGGGAAUUUCCUCCAUUGAAUUAAAUGCACAUUCUUUUUUAUCAAAUGUAAGACCUUAAAAGAAAAAAUACAUACUGCUUUUAGUCACAGGAACAUUGUCUUAUUUUUUCUGUUCAGCUGGCACUUUAGAAAUGUCUAGUUGUUAAGGAUGUUAUAGAUUGUGUGAGUUUAUUUUGAAGACACCGGGAACAUGACUAUGAAAGACUGUCUUCCCUAUUUUGUAAAAUCUUUGCCUUAAUUGAGGUUCAAUUAAAUAUAUAUUUUUUCUUUAUUUGGAUGGAUAAUACGUUGUAUCAUACCUGUCAUUAUGACAAGGUGAAUGCUAUUUAGGAUGGCUUGCCAUUAUAUUCACUGCGUGCUAAUUAUCUUUUACCCUUGUUUCCCUAAUCUUGUUUUAUGUAUAUCUCAAUUGCCUUAGAGCAGAUGUACAUGUUUGUUUGCUGAAUGGCAAAUGUUGUUAAUAUGAAAAAAUAUUUAAGUAAGAAAAGCUUUAUCUGAACCAAUUAAAUGAAUAAGCCAGCAA